AUGAAGACAAAUGCAGUGUAGUUUUUGGUAAGACAACGCCAUCUAGUGAUGACGAACUAACAGAUCAAAGGUAUAAUUUAUUUAGGUUUGAAAAAAACGUUUGCUACAAUAAUAAAAAAAAACACAUAAAAAACAUCAUGUAUUAAUAUACGAAGACCAUAAUUAGUUAUGAAUUUAAUGGUCUACUGCGACAGUUGCGUUUGCGCAGGCGCAGCCAUUACGUCGAGAAACGAACCGUGCGUUGAACAUCUCCAAGCUCAUUGUGUUCUCGCCCUUCUCCUCAAGAUGGCGUCAGGUUCUCUAUUUCUUUUCAUUAUUUUAUUUCCGUUAACUUUUGCCGAUGAAAACUAUAGAAGGGAAGGUUUUCUUGACAAAUUGAGCACAGGAAUGAAAUUUGCACAUGACUUUCUCGGUUCGGAGUCAGUAGCAUUAAAAGUUGCCGAUUUCGUAGUUCGAGCAUUUAACACAGUGAAUAUUCCAAGUACACGUAGAAAACAACCACAGAACAUGGCGUCUAAUGAAGAGAGUUUUAAUAGCGAAGAAAAUUCACAAGAGGAUCGACCGAGCCAAGCUUCAAAUCCUAUGUUACCGUGGCGACAUGUAAUUCGUUUAUUAGGAUUACAACCAAACCAAAUCAGCGCAGUGGCUGUCAAUGCUCUAGUUUUUGUGGCACAAAUGAUUUCAACUUUCUUAACUGGCACCCGCCGACCAGGCAGACCAAAUCGUUCUGAAGAUCCCACAAUGUGGAUUCUAAAUAAAAAUUCUAAUAGAUUGCAAGAUCUCAUUGCAACGGCUAAAAACGAAUCACUGCCCGAUCUAAUAGAACAAAUGAUACAACAACAAGAAUCUACAGAAGAAACAAGCUGUAUACGUUUAUUAGUUUGUAAAAUAACGCCUUUCAUAAAUAAAAUGCAAAAUACUGUUUUCGGUGCAGAUGAUCCAAACGACAAAUUAAAAGAACGUGCAGGCGCUGAAUUUUUAUAUCGCCAUCUACCGACAUCUGAAGAAAUUAAUAGUCGAAGUGAUUUGUGCGAGAAACGACACAAGAAUUGCAAUUUAAAUGAAUAAUUCAUUAUGUUUUUGUCAUAGUAAAAACUGUCUACAAUUGGAUUUGUCU